AUGCAAUCGAAUACAACAAUUAGAAAUAGAGGUAGUACUACUACUGGUGUAGGCUCACCUCAACCAACAUCACCACCUUCGAAUAAAGCAUUGAAGAAGGCAAAGCAGACUGAUGAUUACGACUCGAGCAAGGACGAAUCUUCAUCGGACGAUGAACAGGGCGCAACGACUACCAACAACAACUCGGCUGACAAUGCCAAGCCAACAGACCCCCCCGAAUCCAGAUACAAGAAGCUGGCAGUGCGCUCGGUGAUGGGCGCCUGCAUGAUCUCCUUCUUUGCCGUGGUGCUCUCGACCGACCACGCGAUCGUCUCGCUCUUUGUCAUUGCGCUGCAGCUGCUGGUCUUCAAGGAGAUGGUGUCGCUGCGCUACAUCGAAGCCAAGGAGAAGAAGAUCCCGCGCUUCCGCACGCUGGCCUGGUACUUCUUGCUGUCGGCCUUCUUCUUCUUCUACGCCAAGCCCAUCCUGGUCAGCCUGGCCACGCGCUGGCCCGACAUCUUCAACCACUUUGUUCACUUCCACAUGUGGCACUCGUUCCUGCUGUACUGCAUUGGCUUUGUCUCAUUCAUCGUGACGCUGAGGAAGGGCGUCUAUCGCUACCAGUUCUCGCAGUUCACCUGGACUCUCAUGACCCUCAUGAUGGUCGUCGUCCAGUCCAACUUUAUCAUCGCCAACAUCUACAUGGGUCUUAUCUGGUUCAUCCUACCCGUUUCAAUCAUCGUCUGCAAUGAUAUCUUUGCAUACUUGAAUGGUUUCUUUUUUGGAAGGAAGUUCAUUCAAAGACCUUUGAUGAAGAUCUCACCAAACAAGACAUGGGAGGGCUUCAUUGGCGCCACAUUCUGGACAAUCAUCUUUGCCUACUUGUUUAACUCCUUCCUCAUGCAAUUCAAAUGGGUCACUUGCCCAAAGGGUGACACAGGCUUCAUGGAUACAUUGGAUUGUCCAACUGAUCCAGUGUUUGUGCCAAAGGAAUAUGUGUUGCCAGUGGAACUAUCAUACAUCCUCGCGAAAUAUGUUGGACUCCAACUUACAUCGGUCACAUUCAUCCCAAUGCACUUGCAUGCAUUCGUCUUGGCAUUGUUUGGUUCUCUCAUUGCACCAUUCGGUGGAUUCUUUGCAUCAGGAAUCAAGAGAGCUUACAAGAUCAAGGACUUUGACUCAAUCAUCCCAGGACAUGGUGGAAUCACAGACAGAACCGACUGCCAAUUCAUCAUGGGCCUGUUUGUUUAUGUUUACUACCUCACGUUUGUCAAGACCAGUAUCGUUGAAAUCGAUCAGGUUUGGAAUGCCCUGAUGAUGCUGCCAGCCGAUCAACAAGUUCAAAUCCUGCACAAACUCAGCAGCACCUUACAACUAGCAACAGCAACAGCAUAA